AUGCUGGAAUGCAACUAUUUUUCAGAUAACUCAAUUAAGGAUGAAAGAGAGAUACCAAAAAAUAUUAUGAAAAUCACUGCAGAAAAUAUUUCAACACUUCACGACAGUUGGAAUACUAAGUCGUUGCAUAAAGAAAGCUGCGUCAAAACACGAGUUGCCCUCUUGAAGUCACUUGCCGAUAACCAAGAAUCAUUGGGCAAAUGUGUGCAGAUUUUUUCCCGCACUUUUGGGCUUGCUAUACUUUUCAUUCUGGCUUCCUGCAUGAUGCACUUGGUGCUCGCGGCAUAUUUUCUACUUUUAGCUUUGUUGAGUCGGAAUGUAACCGAUUAUGUGUGGGAUCAAGUGAUUUGGAUCGUUUUGCAUAUACUCAGGUUGAUAUUGGUGGUGGAACCAUGCCAUAUCGCAACGACGGAGUCUAAGAAAACCAUAGAAAUUAUGUCCGAACUCAAGCGCGAAGUGAGUGAACCGCUGCUGAUAGAGGAG